UCGGGGAUGGUGCCUUAUUGCAGUUCAUUGAAUACAUGGUUUUCUUUCUCACCUCCGCAGACAUAUUUAACCAUGGGACCCUGGUGCCUGAUUUUUGAAAGCUUUCCUUUUUCUUUUUCUUUUUUUUCCUUCUGUAAUUUAUUGGCCAUCUUAUAUACAAAGUUUUGCAAAGGUCAAAGACACCUGAGACACAGAGAUGUCCAAAUCCGAUACUAUCCUUAAACUCUUGCAAGGCUGCAACAGUCUCAGAAGGCUUCAAAAAAUCCAUUCACACGUCGUCACCAACGGAUUCCAACACCACCCCGCCAUUUCCACCAAACUCCUCAACUUCUGUGCUGUCUCAGUCUCUGGCUCCUUGGCCUACGCUGAGCUUCUCUUCCGCCACAUUGAGAACCCAGAAACGCAAGCUUGGAAUUCCAUUAUCAGAGGCUUUGCCAAUAGCCCUUCUCCUCUCCAAGCCAUUCUUUAUUACAAUGACAUGCUUUCUGCUUUGGUUGCUCGUCCCGACACCUUCACUUUCUCAUUUGUUCUGAAGGCCUGCGAGAGAGUUAAGGCGGAGAGCAAGUGCAGAGAGGUUCAUGGGACUAUAAUACGAUGUGGGUAUGAGAGGGACGUUGUUGUUUGUACCAAUCUUAUAAGGUCGUAUGUGGUAAAUGGGUUAAUUGGACUUGCCCAAACGAUGUUUGAUAAUAUGUCUGAUAGAGACUUGGUCUCUUGGAAUUCAAUGAUUUCUUGCUACUCUCAGGCGGGUUUUCAUCAAGAGGCGUUGAAGGUGUACGAUAGGAUGAAGAAUGAGAAUGUGGGUCUCGAUGGGUUUACGCUUGUAGGCUUGCUCUCGUCUUGUGCUCACGUGGGCGCAAUGAAUAUUGGGGUUCAUUUGCAUAGGGUUGCUUCUGAAGAGGGGUUUGUGGAGAAUGUUUUUGUUGGAAAUGCACUUAUAGAUAUGUAUGCCAAAUGUGGAAGUUUGGAUGAUGCUCUCCGUGUCUUUGAUAGCAUGCAGAGACGGGAUAUUUUUACUUGGAACUCAAUGAUUGUUGGGUAUGGAGUGCACGGUCGUGGGGAUGGAGCAAUCUCUUUCUUUACGCAGAUGUUGAUGGCAGGACUUAAACCAAAUUCCAUAACAUUCCUUGGUUUGUUGUGUGGAUGUAGUCACCAAGGAUUGGUUGAGGAGGGUGUAGAGUAUUUCCACAUGAUGAGCUCGAAGUUCAAUUUGAAGCCUGGAAUUAAGCAUUACGGGUGCAUGGUGGAUUUAUUUGGACGAGCUGGGAAGCUUGAGAAGGCACUUGAAACGAUAGGGACUUCUCCUUCACAAGAUGAUCCAGUCCUAUGGAGAACUUUGCUUGGUUCUUGCAAGAUUCACAAAAAUGUGAAAAUAGGAGAAAUCGCCAUGAGGAAUCUAAUUCAGCUCGGGGCAUCAAAUGCAGGGGACUGUGUUCUUCUAGCUACAAUAUACGCUGGAGCCAAAAAUACUGAUGGUGUUUCAAAGAUGAGAAAAAUGAUUAAUAGCCAGGGAAUUAAGACCACACCGGGUUGGAGCUGGAUUGAAGUUGGUAAUAAUAUUCAUAAAUUUGUUGUUGAUGACAAGUCACAUCCUGAUUCCAGUGAAAUUUAUUGCAAACUGAGAGAAGUAAUCUGCCAGGCUACCCUGCUUGGUUACGUGCCAGAGCAGUCUUUUAUCACUGUGGCUGGAUUGAUUACCAAAGAGUGUCUGGAAACUUGCACAUCAUGUCAUAGCGAGAAGUUGGCAAUUGCUUUUGGUUUGGCAAGAACUUCAAAAGGAACACCUAUACGAAUAGUAAAGAAUUUAAGAGUUUGUAGAGAUUGUCAUUCGUUUACAAAAUAUGUUUCAAAAGCAUAUAAUCGAGAAAUAAUUGUUAGGGACCGAGUUCGGUUCCAUCACUUCAAGGACGGAUUUUGUUCCUGCAAAGACUACUGGUGAUGACUGAUGAUAGUUAUUGAUAUUUCCUCAUGAAAGUAAAUCCAUGUAGGCUCUCAAAAUCUAUGUCAUCCACAGAGACAUAUGUUCCUCAGUUAUUGAGCUUUCCAGUCCAGGUACUGUAGAGUAUUAAGAUUGCAGUACACGCUCAGUGAAGGCUGUAUCACCAUAUGAGUUCAAGAGAAUAUCAAUGUGUGAAACUACCAAAAAAGCAUGGGAUAUUCUAGAAAUCACUCAUGAAAGAACAAAAGCAGUUAAAAAUUCUAAA